AUGAUCUCAAGUGUUCCUGGGUUUUGCAAUCCAAUUCCAAAAUUCAAUCCUGCUCCUUAUCUCAUUAACAGAUAUGGGGAUAGGAUUGCGAAUGUGGAAAUUCCAAAGAAAUUCCAAGUGCCAAAUAUGAAGCCCUAUGAUGGAACUUCCGAUCGACAAGAGCACAUUGCAUUAUAUUUGGAGAAGAUGGAGACUGUGCCCAUUCCCUACAACCUGAAGGAAGCUUGUCUAUGCCGAAGCUUUGGCUCCACAUUGACUGGCUCAGCCUUAAAAUGGCUGCAGAGUUUGCCUCCUCAAUCCAUAAACUCUUUUGCUGAUUUAACUAAUUUGUUUUACAGUCAAUUUUCAUGCAGUAGAACUUUUGAGAAAUUAACUGAUGAUUUAUAUAAAAUUACUCAAAAACAGCAUGAAUCACUUAGAGACUUUAUGACUAGAUUUACUAAAGAAUCUCUUAAUAUUCCUAAAUUAGAUAUGUUAACUGCUAUCCAAGCUUUGCAAAGAGGCCUCCACCCUGGAUCCAAAUUACAAGAAGACCUUAUAAUGACACCAUGCAGAAACUUGGAUGAGGCAAAGGCUAGAGCAGCGAGAUUCAUCAGACUUGAAGAAAAUGAAUUAACAACAGCAAAACUGGAUGCCUUAUCUUACGAUCGACCAAAUCGUAGGACUGAGACUCCAGUCUUCAAACAAAGGCAUAAACCAUAUACAAGACAUGUUCAGAAUCAAAUCAAUGUUGUUGAAGAAGAAGAAGGGAAUGAGUACCCUGCAUUAUCGACAUAUUGUUUCUAUGUCGGUAUACCUAGCUUGAUAAUGGCAAUGAGAAACCUUGGAGACAAGGUCAGAUGGCCACAAAAGAAAAGUAACGAUGGUUAUUUCAAGAAAAAGGAUACCAGUCAAUGGUGUGCCUACCACAAAGAUUUUGGUCACAUCACUGAAGACCAAGAUGCUGAGAAAAGAAAUAUGUAUACUCUUAUCCAAAGGGUAUUUGACAGAGUUAAUGGGUAG